UAGUACCUAAAAUAAUUCGGGACCCAAUUUGGAUGCAGCCUUAGACAAAUAUGAUGUAAUUUUAACCAAACAUUGAGAAUUACACAAACUUCCAAAUCAUAACUGUAGAUGCUGUGAACGUCUAUUCGAAAAUUGAGGAAAGAUUAGCAAUUACUGAAAAAAAAUCAGCAUUACAAUAUUACAUUCAAUCUAAUAGGUACGAAAAGUGUGCUGAAAAAAUGAUAAAAAAUAAGAAUAAAUUAGCCCUUUUAAUUGUUAGCAAUUUAUACUAGAAAACAGUAGUUGUAUCUUGGGUGAAAUAUUUUUUAUCUAUGUGGGAAAUUGUAAGAGUUAAAACGCGCGAUAAUAAAUAAAUAAAAAUAUAAACUACCAUGUUGUAACUUGAUAAUGCACGAAUUCUUAUCGUUAUCAAAUUAUGUCGCACUUGUUAACAUUUUAUCAACGAAUAAUCAAAAGUGAAAUCAAUAGUCGAUUUCCUUUCAAUUCAAAAAUUACAUACACACAUUUGUAUUAAUCUCAAUUUAAUUUAGACACAAAACUAUCAUCAGUGUUAUAAUGAGAAUCUGCUAUCAGUAUUUACGCUGGAUUUAAAAAAAAAAAAAAAACAAUUUGAUUAGACGGAUAUUAAAUUAUGGCCAGUAAUAAUUGUUGUUUGCAAUUAAAUGAAGAUCCAAUUCAGUUUGAUCCUGCUAGUGUCAGUAAAACAACAAAUGUAUUCUACGAUGAGAUAACUGAGCAGAUAAUUACUGUUCAUUCUGGUGAAAUGACUGAAAUAAUUGUAACAUCAAGUACUCGAUGUAGAGAAAAUAUUGUAUUUAAAAUAGAAGAUCGAGGACCUGUGUCUUCAAUAAAAAUGUCUUUAGACUGCAAUAUUUUAACAAUGAUGAGAACAACAUUAUCAGUUGAAUUAAUGGAUAUUAAAGACAAUACAUUACAAAGUCCAUAUUUUUUGUAUUGUAAACUCAAAAGUGCAAAAUUAUUAGGCUUCAUUUGGACUAGCAACAAUGAAAUAUUAUUAAUUAGUGAUAAAGGUGUAGAACUUUACCAGAUCGAAGGACAAAGACCUAAACAACGUAUUGUAUUUUCAAAAUCAGUAUGCUUGCAUGUAAAUUGGUUUAUUUAUUCAAAUAACUCUAAAAUUCUACUAUUAUCUACUAAUUCUUUUGGAGAUUUUCAACCUCUCCAUAUUACAUCAGGAAAUAUAACUAAACUAGCAAAGUUAGAAGUUGAUUUAGAUAUAUCUCCUAAUAUACCACAUCAAUCCAUUAGUGAACGAAAUAUUGUAUUAACAACCGUGUACAAUAUACUCAGAAUAUUAGUUUUACCCACUAGUCAAAGUCGUAAUGAAAUAAUAGUUUAUUCAUUGAACAAAAUGAUGGCUUUUAAAAAAUCUCAUAUCCUCAGACUGACACACAAUGGUAAAUUAUUAAUAAAUGUUGUUGAUAGUUUGAUUGUUGUUCAUUAUCAGCAUACCAAGUCUUCUUCUGUGUUUGAUAUAUAUAUGGAAGCAGCAAAAGAACAUACAAUAUCACAUUAUUUACCUAUUUUGGAUGACCUAUCUAUUCAAAGAAUAGUUCCUAGAGAAGGAGGAUCAUAUUUUAGUUCUGAUCUAUAUUCACAUAUUUGUAUCUCGUUUCAGCCCAAUGUAAUUAUAGAUGCUAAAUUAGGUUUUUUGUGGCAUUUAAAACUAGAUUUGGCAGUUGUUUCUCAGAUUAUUACUGAUAAAUGUUCCCUUAUUGAUUUUCUUCUUCUACGCCCAAAUUCUAAAGACACCACAUUACAGGUUUUGCAAAAUAUGAUAUUACAAGAGAAAAGCAAUUUAAUUGAAAUUGGAAAUGUUUUUGAUCAUAUAAAUAUUGUUAACAAGAAAAACCUUAAUAAACAUAUAAUGAACACUAGUGUAUUACCGAUUGAUUACAUGAUUUUUGCUGAAUCAUUACGGUGCAAAGUUGUUAUUGAACAAAUAGAUGUUUACAAGCAUAUAUUUGUAAAACUGGUUGAUCAAUUAGAAAAAAAUAAAGGCGUAAUCAGUGAGAAAAAGUUGGCAGUUUCAAUCUUAGUUGAAUACAUUAGAUCGUUGACUGAUAACAAAAUAACCGUUGAGCACUUUCUUUAUGAAUUGUUGAUAAAUUGUUUAGUUAUAAAUAAAAUGUAUUAUCAGCUUCAUCAAAUGAUUCAGUACCAUAUUUUAACGGACUCCAAACCAUUGGCUUGUUUAUUACUUUCGCUGGAAUCUAUAUAUCCGCCUGCGCACCAAAUGGCUCUAGAUAUGUUGCAUAGAUUAAACACAGCUCAUGAAGAGAUUACUGAAGUUUUGCUUUCUAAAAAACAAAUUAUUCCUGCUAUGAGAUACAUGUCCAAACAUAACAUGUUAGACCAUUCUACCUAUAGAAAAUUAACCGAAUUAGCGAUUUCCACUAAUGAUUCGAAAAUAUUGCAUUCCACAAGAGAAGAAUUUAUUCAAAGAAAUGUAACUUCAAAUAAAUUUAAUACAAAUACUAAAAGAUAAUCUUGUAAUAUAUAAUGAUGUAUAAUGGCACCAUU